AAACCCUAAAACCCUCCACUGUCUACUGACAUCGCCUCGCACUGAGAACAAGUUAUCGAAUUGCUUAAAAUGGCAAUAGCAGCUGUUGCCAGAGUGGUUUUCCGAUCUCCGGCUGUCCGUAACGCUGCCUCGAGAGGAGCAUCUGAAGCCAAAGCUGCUUACUCCCCUUUCCGCAUCGCUUCCAGAAAUCCUCUGCCUCCUCGCAUUUUUAGGUGUCCGGCUGAGUUGAUCGCGUGUGUGGAGUCGAUGCAACCGUACCACACGGCCACAGCUUCGGCUUUAAUGACUUCAAUGCUUACGGUCUCUCCCCGCAGCUUCGGUUGGCUUGCCAAAGCAAUCAAUGAUGAUGCGUGAUUGUAUUGUGGAGGUUGUGAAUGAACUGCCGAAGGAUUGCUCUGGCCUGCAGUGACGGUGUUUGAUCAACCAUGGUUCAGUUAAGUUUCCAGCCCACAGUCAUUGCAAAUUCAGAUACUCCAACAAGAUGAAAUCUUUCAGUGGUUCAGGUCCUUCCAGACUGAGUUCCAGUUUCCUUAGAACUUCAAUUUCAUAUAUAUACUCGGUAGAAGGGAAAAACUGAUGUUUGGUCUAUGUUGGAGAUAAAUUCUUAUAUGGAUGCGAGGAUUUCUCCAUCUUGGGUUCUUUGAAAAUAUUAUCAGUAACCUGGAAGUGAUGCAUACCAACUUAUUUAUGCAAUUGGGAUCACGCAAA